GCUUUGGUAAUUUCAGCAUACGGCUACAUGCAGCUUCACCGGUCCGAGAAGGCGGUGGUGGUAAACCGCAGUAGUCUUCAUCGAUAAGUGAGAACCAUGACCGCUUCGACAGCAAACUCAGAAGUUAGUAUGACUUGGCGUGUGAAUGGCUUGGUUUGAAAGAGCAUCCGCUGCAAACAGCACCGGUCGUCGCCGCUGUAGGCAUCUGGACGUACAUCUACAUUUCCCCGUCUCGUAGACGCUUCUGUAAACUUCAAAAACAGAAGCUGGUUUCACGAUGGCAGAGAGCGGUCGUAACAAGUAUGUCAGCCCCAGUGACAGCCCUCAGGCCGGGAGGAAAAAGGCACAGCAGUCGCCAAACUCCAAGACGAGGUACCGGGUCAACGCUCCUGGACACUGCUUUCGGAAAGUGACUCUCACGAAACCCACUUACUGUCACCAUUGCAGUGACUUCAUCUGGGGACUGGUCGGCUUUCUUUGUGAAGUGUGUAACUUCAUGUCCCAUGAGAAGUGUCUGAAGCACGUGAGGACCGUGUGUUCCUGCAUGACGCCCACACUCGUACGGGUACCUGUGGCCCACUGUUUCGGUCCGGCGGGUCAGAAGAGGAGGUUCUGCUGUGUGUGCCGCAAGAAUUUAGAGGGCAGCAGCAGUGCGUUGCGCUGUGAAGUGUGUGAGCUUCAUGUCCACAGUGACUGUGCUCCGUUCAGCUGCAGUGACUGCCGCCUCUGCCACCAGGACGGCUCUCAGGACUAUGAUACGCACCACCACCACUGGCGGGAGGGCAACAUGUCGUCGGGGUCGCGCUGCGAGGUGUGCAAGCGCACCUGUGGCUCCUCAGACGUGUUGUCGGGCAUGCGCUGCGAGUGGUGUGGCCUCACGGCUCACGCCUCCUGUUACAUCACGGUGAAGCCCGAGUGCAGCAUGGGCCGCCUCCACAAGAUGAUGCUCCACCCGUCCUGCGUGAGCAUCUGGUCCCGUAACUUCAGCAAGAUGCACCUCUUCAGGAUCUCCGAGAACUCCCAGAGCGAGCUGGAUAAUCUGGAUGAUGUUGACUCUGUGACUCCUGUGACAUCUAAAGACAACCAAUCCACUACGCCCACAGACACAGGGAAGCAGACAUUGAAAGUUUUCGAUGGCGACGAUGCAGUAAAGCGUAACCAGUUUCGCUUGGUGUCCAUUCCACGAAUUACCAAGAACGAGGAACUGUGCUGUGUCUGUGUUGUCCAGGAGACGUCCCUGCGGGCCUACUACCUGCCAGAUGAGGCCCAGGACUAUGAGCUUCAGCUGCAGGUGCAGAACCAGACUCAGACCCAAAGCCCUACCCAGACGCAGACCCAGAUGCAGAUGCAGACGCAGCCAGCGCUCCUCACCGACGACAUCAUCAACCGCAACGGCACGGCCGAUGACAAGGCCGUCUUCAAGGACUUUGCGCCCGACGGCUGGCUGCUGCGCGCCAAGACAAGAGACUCGGAGGUUCUCAAGAUCUACACAGGCUGGCCCAAGUCUGGUGUUGCCCAUGUUUCCGUUACUGUUGGCAAGGAGAGCACAGUCGACUGGGCCAUUAGAGAAACGCUUAUACAGCUGGGCAAGCAGGAUGAAAGCCCAGAUGACUUCAACCUUGUGGAGGUCUUAAUGGGCAGUAAACAAGUUCAGAGGCAGGUCCUGACCAGUCAGGAGCUUCUGCUGGAGAAACUGCAGGAGAUAAGGAAGGUGUCUCUUCGGCAGAUGAACCAGACGCGGUUCUACCUUGUGGAGAACCGUAACCGUGUUCCCCAGGUGAACCUGCUGCUGGGGGGGCUGCCCUUACAGCUGGACCGGGAGGAGUACCUCCAGCAGCUGCAGACUCACCUGGAGAUCAAGAAUCACUUGGUCGCCAUCACUCACGUUUACAGCUCGCAAGGUGCUGUUGCCCUUCAGAUCUCCUGCUUCUCCGAGGCGGAGAGGAUUUUCAUGCUGGCCAAAGAUACCUCCAUCGAGGGCAAGCAGCUCACCUCGCUAGUCAUCCCGCAGAUCAUAACGAGUAAACUUCCGAAAGGAGGCUGCCCACUCUUGGUCUAUGUGAACCCCAAAAGCGGAGGCCUGAAGGGUCGAGAGAUACUCUACAACUUCCGGAAGAUUCUCAAUCCGCAUCAAGUCUUUGAGCUGACAAGUGCUGGGCCACUGGCAGGUUUACACACGUUCCGGGAGGUGCCCCGUUUCCAGAUCCUGGUGUGUGGUGGUGAUGGAACAGUGGGCUGGGUGCUUGGGGUCCUGGAGGCCAUACGCCACAAGCUGGUCUGCCCCGAACCCGCCAUCGGCAUCAUCCCCCUGGGCACAGGUAAUGACCUGGCGCGGGUGCUGCGCUGGGGCGCGGGCUACAGCGGGGAGGACCCCCACAGCAUCCUGAUGUCCCUGGAGGAGGCGGAGGAGGUGGAGAUGGACCGCUGGACCAUCCUGCUGGACGCUCAGGACAUGACCGAGGACGGCAAGGAGAACGGCUUCCUCGAACCACCCAAGAUUGUCCAUAUGAAUAACUACUUUGGCCUGGGCAUCGACGCGGAGCUCAGCCUGGACUUCCACCACGCCAGAGAAGAGGAGCCGGGCAAGUUCAACAGCAGGUUCCACAACAAGGGCGUGUACGUGAAGGUGGGUCUGCAGAAGCUGAGUCACACGCGUAACCUGCACAAGGACCUCAAGCUGCAGGUGGACAAGCAGGACAUCGAGCUGCCCAACAUCGAGGGCCUCAUCCUGCUCAACAUCCCCAGUUGGGGUUCGGGGGCUGACCUGUGGGGUUCGGACAGUGACUCUCGCUAUGGGAAGCCGCGCAUAGACGACGGCAUGCUGGAGAUCGUGGGAGUCACCGGGGUGGUGCACAUGGGUCAAGUGCAGGGUGGCCUUCGUUCGGGGAUCCGCAUCGCUCAGGGCACCUACAUCCGCAUCACUGUGACCAAGCCCAUCCCGGUGCAGGUGGACGGGGAGCCCUGGAUCCAGUCGCCAGGACAAAUCAUCAUCUCCGCUGCUGGGCCUAAGGUGCGCAUGUUGAGGAAGUGUAAGGGCAAGCAGAAGAAGCAGCCGUCCGGCGCCCCGAAGGAGGUCCGAGCGGAGAGGGAGAGCGAGCGGUCAGCUCCCCAGUUUAGUACCCCAGAAGGUCUGGGUUUGAGUCCCGGCGAGGGCAACUCCACUCCCUUCUCCCUUCUCUACAGGGACCUUGAGUUGACGCAUAGAGAAGGCUGA